CCCGCAACGAUCUGAUCUCAUACCUAUAUUUGGAAGUAGCGGCAAGGAACAUGUAUGCGCGUCAACAUCAGCCUUGAGAAUCCAGAAUUUAGAUAAAAGGUUAUGCCGCAUACCAGAUAUAAUAUUCACAGACCCAACGUUGAAUUGACGCGACCCUAAGAAUAAUAAACCAACCCCUGCAAUGAAAGUCCUUAUCGCCGGCGCCAGCGGCAGCAUCGGCGGGGAGAUCCUAAAACACCUCCUCCAGCAGAACGAAAUCACCAAGAUCAUCGCGCUGACUCGGAAACCCAUCCCCGAUCUACCCUCCAAGGCUGAAAACAUCCUUGUUCCCGACUUUGGUGACUUGGAGCACCUCGACGACGAAAAAUGGGAGAAGAUCCGCGAUGCCGACGCAAUGGUCUGGGCCAUCGGCACCUAUGACCUCAACGAAGACGUCAACACCCGCUAUCCUCUCGCCUUCCAAGAUGCCUUCGUGGCGCGUUUACCUGCUCCACAAAGUGGAAAGGCGUCCAAGUUCAGGUUUAUUCUCCUCUCCGGCGCAUUUGUCGAGCCUGAUCAGACCCGCACGCUGUUUUUCUUGCCGCAGCAGCGGAAAGCCAAGGGCGUCACAGAGUCAAAAACCAUUGAGUUUGCGGAGCAGCAUAAAGAGGUGUGGGAGGCGCUUGUGAUUCGCCCGAGUGGGAUACUGAUUGGCAAAUCGCUCCAGAAUAGCGUAGCAUCGUUUGUGUUGGGGACCAUGCUGGUUAAAGGCGAGGAGUUGGGUGCGUUUGUCGGGGAGUUAGUGGUGAAGGGAUCAGAAGAAACUGUUAUCAAAAAUUCGAUGAUUGUAGCGCGCGGCAGAGAAUUACUUCACGAGGCGGAGUAAAUAUGUAUGGAAUACGUGCUGUUGAUUAAUAGCGUGUUGGCUUCUACUCUUCAUAUUUUUAUUUGCAAUAUGCCUUUUUUAAAGCCUUUUAUUUAGAUUUAGUGCUCAAGUUAGAAUGCGAAGAC